UUAAAAAAAAAAAAAGAAAAUCACUAGGCAACCGCCACGGUGGCCCAUAAUCUUCAAUGAAGUUUUAUGUUCUUCUACUGACAACUCGAAAAAAAUCGAUCUUCUUAUCUAGCAAGCGUGAAAAACACUCCAGCGAUAAGCGUAAAUCAGAGAUACUAAAAAAGUACCAAAAAUUCUGCGCUCAGCCUUAAACCGCCAGAAAUGCUAGCCUGGCAUCUUUGGGAAGCAGCAAUAUGGCGGACUUGUGGGUGGUGACAACGUCACCCUGCACCUCCAAGGCUGAGCUCUUAUCUCCAGUAGAGAACAGAAAAGAUCUUCGUGGAAGCGGAACCAAUGCCAGGGCCACGUCAGCCGCAGCUAUAGCCAAGUCGCAAGAAGCCGGCGAUAAGACGGCAUUCAAUAUGUACAUACAUAUAUUACGACAAUCCCGAUUGUGGACGUUGUCAAGCCGGGCAUUAUGUCAUCUCAUCUUCCACAGCUGGUGCCCCCCCGUUUUCAUUCAAAUUCGAGAGCGUGGAUGCGUACCUAAUUGCUUUCGUGGCUCCGAGGAGCUGCACUUGGGCAUUGGGAAUUCAACACGUGGAAUUUGCAUAAUGCCAACAUAUGCUGGAUGUUAUAGAGUGCUCAUUCCUAGGGGCCCUGCCCCACAUCCGUGGCAAAUCGAGCGCAUAAUUGUCGCUUUCACUCGGCUUACUAUUCAAAGCAGAGGCUAUAGAAUUAUAAUCUGCAACUGCGAAAGCAUUUGAGCGGUGCAUUGUCUUAAAAAUGACGAUUAAUUUACAUACCAUAGAAACUUAGGAAGACUUCGAAUGAUUAUCAUCCGUUUGUUAAUUCAAUCAGAUUUAAUCCAUUUUCUACAAAUUUAGGCCAGUCAGUGAAUAUUUUAAUUUAAUUAAUAAAUCGAAUUUGUGCCAUUUCACGGUCUACAUAGUACAAUUUGAAUAAUUUAAGCUUAUGUGGUUCUUCAUAAAUCAUAAUACAAAAGUCUGUUUUGUCAACAAAUUUUAUAAUUUUUAUUAACCUAAUUCUGAAAUAAAAAUACAUUAAACAAUAAAAUUACUUUUCAUGCCCAUUCUACAAUUUAUAAGUCAAGCCAAA